GGAGAGGAGGAGCACACUCUUGUAAGGAGCAGAGGUUUUCUUGCGCUUGAUGUUCAGCAUUUCCUCCGUCUGAUUGGUCUUCGCCACUCUGCAAGUUCCCCCGGCAAGCACUAAGUGGAUUACUGCAAGUUCUGCGGAUCGUGCUUGGUGUUCCGGCUGUUGUGUGUCUGUCGCUAUUGAGCCCGGUUUGUGUCUUUGCAGCUGCUCGUCUUGGGAAAGGCUGGAAGCCCAGACAGCAACGUGGGGCAAAGCCAUCUCCUCUGGGUCCUCUCGAUUGGCACCGUGGUCUCGCCUGCUGUCUCUGUGCCCCUCCCGCAUGGGUCAGGGGUGCCGCGGCCAAGCUAACACCUGCCCUUGACUUCUUUCUGAAGCUGCAAAAGUUUUCUGGUCCCCCUGGGUGGGCUCUGCCUCCCGUCUGGGUUGCUUGGUGUAGUGGGUAAGGAUCACAAGCUACAUCAUGAAGGAACCUUUGAUGAACGUUGCCCUUGGAAGGCUGACUGCACCCUAAAGUUUGCUUUGAGGCAUAAAGCUAUGCAAAGGCCAGACGCUACAGUCGAUGAUGUUUGCCAGAAGGAAACUGAAAAAAAACGAAAAUCUUACUGUCCUCCAGCACAGAAACUAUCCCGUGAAAAUCUUGACCAUAAAGCAGUCCAAGAGGCAAAAAUUAGCCCUGUGUCUGAGAGAGAAGAUGAAGAGGUUACUGCAAGGGCCAGUGGAUAAGAUAUUGGCAAACCAUGAUAACCGGAUUUCACCGGUAGAGCUUGAUACCGACCUGUUUAUGUGUGGCAUAAAAAGGAAGUCACUUAACACGGACAUCCAAGCCGCUUGCGACCUCAUGGAGCAGACUGCAGAAGGCAAGCCAGGAAUUAAUGUUGAUCCUAACAAGACAGAUUCCAAGUGGGACACAGGGUUUCAGUUAUCUGUAAACUCAGAGGAGCAGAAAAGUCAUGACCUCGAGGAGGAGAAGAACACCAAAGAACAGUGCUCUGAAUUGCUUUCUCCUUGUCAAACUAACGGGCUACCAGUCGACCAACAGGAUCUGUCCACUAUAAGUAUUACAAUGAGCUGGAAGGAGAUCACUGAAAAUAGUCAGCUUCUGUGCCAGGACAUCCCAUCUGAGUCCAGCUCUGAAAGCAGCUCUGUCAUGAGUGAUCGGUCUGGGGAUGUGGUGGACUAUAUCAUCAAGGAAUUGCAGGGUAUCAGUCGAAUUCAGGCCGAGAUUGCAGAGCUGCGACAGCACUUGAGUUUGAUAAAAGGUUCGGUGGAUGAAGUCUCCACUUGCGUCGAUUCUGUUCUGAAUGAGAUCGAAGUGUUGCAAGUUGGUAGCGGCUCAUCCCCAAAAAGACCCGCACUUAGAGAAUCUUGUGGUGACUCCCUGAUUGAAGAGACUGUGUUGUGUUUUUAUGGAAUCUCAGAACAUGAAGAUGAGAACGUGCUGGAGAGGGUACACUGUCUAUUGUGCGAUCACCAUUGCUUUAAUGGCAUUCAAAGCAGAGACUAUAUAAAAGAGGCUUACAGGCUUGGCUCUGGGUCCAACACAGUGCUAGGCCCAAGACCAACAGUUGUUAAACUCUCUCACCCUGAUCACAGAGACUUUAUACUUCAAAGAUCAAUCAACUUCCAAAGCUCUGGAGUGAGGAUCGUUCCAUAUGAAGAACACAGUUUUCAAAAUAGACUGAGAGCAAAUUCUCUCUCCGUCCUUCAGCAUGGUCUGAGAGAAAACCGCUGGAGCUCCUUGAGCCUAGAUAAGGAGGUGGUGCGGACAGAUGACACUGGAGGCGAGCGUAAGACUGAGUCAUUCCGGAUAAGGUAUCAAAACAAAAGUACAGAGGUCCCUUGUGGUGGAGAGGAGUUUCUUUUUGCACAAAAAUGUACAUUGGCAAAAAAAUGCAGUUUAUCAGAGGGGGAGAUGGCCAGAGGUGACAUGAGUGAGACCACCGAGCAGUGUCUACAAAAAAGCGUCAGUCAUCUUUGCAUCCGUCUUGACUCUCAGGAAUCUCAGAAGAGCUUGCAUUCACCCAAUGUGUCGUCUUCCCCUGGCGAAAAAUCAACAUGUCGAUGUUCUAGAUUGCUAGCGCAUUCCAAUCACUUGAGCACAUCAUCGGAGACGGAGGAAGCGGCGAUCGCCAUCCGCAGGUGCUGCUCAAUUGUCGAUGACCAUGAUGGAAUCUGUAAAGGGGACGUCGACCUGGAUUCCAGGGUACAGUUUCGCAGUACAGAGAAAAUUAACGUGAUUAUUAAGGAUCCAUCUGGCAGUUUCACCUCCUUAAGCUUUGAUGACACAGUAGGCAAGUGUUCUGCCGGAACCGUAGGAGAAUCCUUGAAGGAAGUGGUCCACAUAGACCUAGACGGCCAAGAGAAGACCGGCCAUGUCUUUAGAGAUUUCCUCGAUCAGCCAGAUGAAAACAUAGAUAUAGUAGACAUCAAGUUUUAUGCAAAUAAAUUAGGCAAAGCCCUCAAUCAUUUCCGGUCCGCUUUAAAAGUUGUUUUUCAUAAACUUGAAAGUCCGGACGCCUUUAUGGAACAUAAAGAAACCGUGUUUCCAGUGCCUGAUUAUGAAACUCUACAAAGACUCAACAGUAUCGGCAGUGGUCACUUCAACGAUAGUCUUCCUACACAUUCCAGCAUGAGUAACAGCUACAGUUCCAGCUCAAUUCUAAAAGAAGAUGCAUAUUUUGUGCUCAACAGGGUCCCCUCGCUAGCCCAUGAGUCCUCUAUCCCGUCCUUGGUCCUGUCCCCUGAUGUAGACCUGAAUGGCCCUGAGACAGUGGCUUCUCCUGAGCAGGUGCUUGAAAGUGGUGACCUCUCUGUGGGGGUCAAGGAAGGCAAGCCUCUCAGACUGGACCAAGUCUGCGUAGAGACCAUCUAUCUCAACAAGUGCAUCAACAACUUCAAAAACGUCUUGCGGGAGAAGAAGAAGAUGCAGCGGAAGCUCCUGAAAGAUAUUGUACAGGAAACCUUCUGGACUUCGGCUGAAGAAAUGAGCUCAGAGGGGACUAGAGCAGACCAUCAGACUCAAGAUGACGGAGACCCAUCAAAGCCGCCGUGGUUUAAAGGAGGGUCUGGAGGGGGCUUGUAUGGAAUUGACAGUAUGCCGGACCUUCGCAAGAAGAAGCCGAUCCCAUUGGUCAGCGAUUUGUCCCUGGUUCAGUCUAGGAAAGCCGGCAUUACUUCCGCCAUGGCCACACGAACAUCUCUCAAGGAUGAAGACCUGAAAUCGCACGUUUACAAAAAAACUCUCCAAGCCUUAAUCUACCCCAUCUCCUGCACAACGCCUCACAACUUCGAGGUGUGGACCGCCACUACCCCCACCUACUGCUAUGAGUGUGAGGGCCUACUGUGGGGCAUCGCCCGGCAAGGAAUGCGCUGCUCCGAAUGUGGGGUCAAGUGUCAUGAAAAGUGCCAAGACUUACUGAAUGCUGACUGCCUACAACGUGCUGCUGAGAAGAGCUCCAAGCACGGCGCAGAGGACCGCACUCAGAAUAUCAUCAUGGCAAUGAAGGACCGAAUGAAGAUCAGGGAGAGGAACAAGCCAGAGAUCUUUGACGUCAUCCGAGACGUCUUUAAUGUGGGCAAAGUGGCCCACGCGCAGCAGAUGAAGACUGUGAAGCAAAGCGUACUGGACGGCACAUCAAAGUGGUCCGCCAAGAUCACCAUCACCGUUCUGUGCGCUCAGGGCCUACAAGCCAAAGACAAGACCGGCUCCAGCGAUCCCUAUGUCACUGUACAAGUGGGAAAGACCAAGAAGAGAACGAAGACGAUAUACGGGAACCUGAAUCCGGUGUGGGAGGAGAAAUUCCACUUCGAGUGCCAUAAUUCCUCGGACCGCAUCAAGGUUCGUGUCUGGGAUGAGGAUGAUGACAUCAAGUCCCGGGUAAAGCAGAGGUUGAAGCGUGAAUCGGAUGAUUUCUUGGGACAGACCAUCAUUGAAGUGCGGACACUGAGUGGAGAGAUGGACGUUUGGUAUAACCUGGAGAAAAGAACAGACAAGUCGGCUGUCUCCGGGGCUAUCCGCUUGCAAAUAAAUGUUGAGAUUAAGGGAGAGGAGAAAGUAGCACCGUACCAUGUUCAGUACACGUGUCUCCAUGAGAACCUCUUUCACCACCUCACAGACAUACAGGGCAGCGGGGUGGUGAAGAUUCCAGAAGCAAAGGGCGACGACGCCUGGAAGGUUUACUUUGACGAGACGGCCCAGGAGAUUGUCGAUGAGUUUGCCAUGCGAUACGGGAUUGAGUCUAUUUACCAGGCCAUGACACACUUUGCCUGUCUAUCAUCCAAGUACAUGUGUCCUGGCGUCCCGGCUGUUAUGAGCACCUUACUCGCCAAUAUCAAUGCCUACUAUGCCCAUACUACCGCCUCCACCAACGUGUCCGCCUCUGACCGCUUCUCAGCGUCUAACUUCGGGAAAGAGCGUUUCGUGAAGCUCCUGGACCAGCUGCACAAUUCCCUGCGCAUCGAUCUCUCCAUGUACCGGAACAAUUUCCCUGCCAGCAGCCCAGACAGAUUGCAGGACUUAAAGUCCACCGUGGAUUUACUGACCAGCAUCACGUUCUUCCGCAUGAAGGUACAAGAGUUGCAGAGUCCGCCCCGGGCCAGCCAGGUGGUCAGGGACUGUGUGAAAGCCUGCCUGAACUCCACCUACGAGUACAUAUUCAACAACUGCCACGAGCUGUACAGCCGAGAGUACCAGACUGACCCCAGCAAGAAGCAAGAUCUGCCUCCUGAAGAACAAGGGCCCUGUAUAAAGAAUCUGGACUUCUGGCCGAAGCUGAUCACGCUGAUCGUAUCCAUAAUUGAGGAGGAUAAGAACGCCUACACCCCAGUACUGAACCAGUUUCCUCAGGAGCUGAGUGUGGGGAAGGUCAGCGCGGAGGUCAUGUGGAACCUCUUCUCUCAGGACAUGAAGUAUGCUAUGGAAGAACAUGAGAAGCAUCGACUGUGCAAGAGUGCCGACUACAUGAACCUGCACUUCAAGGUGAAGUGGCUGUUCAACGAGUAUGUGCGGGACCUGCCGGCUAUGAGGGAUAAAGUGCCGGAAUAUCCCGCGUGGUUCGAGCAGUUUGUCAUGCAGUGGCUGGACGAGAACGAGGAGGUCUCCCUGGAAUUUCUGCACGGAGCGCUGGAGCGCGACAAGAAAGAUGGGUUCCAGCAGACGUCCGAGCACGCCCUGUUUUCCUGCUCCGUUGUGGACGUAUUCACCCAGCUUAACCAGAGCUUUGAGAUCAUUAAGAAGCUGGAAUGCCCUGAUCCGGUUAUUGUGGCGCACUACAUGCGGAGAUUUGCCAAGACAAUCAGCAAAGUCCUGCUGCAGUACUCAGAGAUUCUCUCCAAAUCGUUCCAGUCAUACUGCUUCAAGGAGAAGUUGCCCUGUAUUCUGAUGAACAACGUGCAGCAGCUCCGCGUGCAGCUGGAGAAGAUGUUUGAGGCUAUGGGGGGAAAAGAGUUGGAUCCUGAGGCCAGCGACACCCUGAAGGAACUGCAGGUGAAGCUUAACAACGUCUUGGAUGAACUGAGCGCUGUGUUUGGGAAUAGCUUCCAGUUCCGUAUAGAUGAAUGUAUUAAGCAGAUGUCCGAGAUUCUGGGUCACGUGAAGGGCACUGGGAACGUACCAGCCAAUGCCAGGAACACUGUGGCACAGGAUGCAGACAAUGUCCUGCGGCCUUUAAUGGACUUCUUGGAUGGAAACCUGACGCUGUUUGCUACCGUAUGUGAGAAGACCGUAUUAAAACGCGUCUUGAAGGAGCUCUGGAGGGUGGUGAUGAACACGAUGGAGAAGAUGAUUGUCCUGCCGCCCCUGACAGAUCAGUCGGGCACUCAGUUGAUUUUCAGUGCUGCAAAGGAAUUGGGGCAGUUAUCAAAACUGAAGGAUCACAUGGUGAGAGAAGAGACCCGCAGCCUUACUCCAAAGCAGUGCGCUGUAAUGGACCUUGCUCUAGAUACCAUCAAGCAAUACUUUCACGCUGGAGGAAAUGGCCUUAAGAAAACUUUCUUGGAGAAGAGUCCGGACUUGCAGUCUUUACGCUACGCCCUGUCCCUAUACACGCAGACCACGGACACGCUCAUCAAAACCUUUGUGCAAACCCAGACCGCGCAAGUGCAUGAUGGGAAGGGUGUUAGGUAUACGGCUAAUGAGGACGCACACCCCGAGAAGGGCUCCGGUGUGGAUGAUCCCGUGGGAGAAGUGUCUAUACAGAUAGACCUGUUUACGCACCCAGGAACUGGGGAGCAGAAGGUGACAGUGAAAGUGGUGGCUGCAAAUGACCUGAAGUGGCAGACGACCGGCAUGUUCCGCCCGUUUGUGGAGGUCACCAUGAUUGGUCCUAACCAGAGCGACAAGAAACGGAAAUUCACCACCAAAUCAAAGAGCAACAACUGGGCUCCCAAGUACAAUGAGACCUUCCACUUUAUUCUGGGGAACGAGGAUGGACCGGAGUGCUACGAACUGCAGGUCUGUGUAAAGGAUUAUUGCUUUGCCCGGGAGGACCACGUGUUGGGAAUAGCUGUGUUACAGUUGCGGGACAUUGCCGACAAGGGGAGCUGUGCUUGCUGGUGCCCUAUGGGCCGUCGUGUCCAGAUGGAUGAAACUGGAUUGACCAUCCUGCGGAUACUCUCACAAAGGACCAACGACGAGGUGGCCCGGGAGUUUGUCAAGCUGAAAUCAGAGACUCGGUCCACAGAGGAGGGCAGCUGAGGUCGGACCACGAACUCUAUUAUGUGCCAAUUUGCCAGCUCGUGCUGCCUUCCAGCUUCCUACCCCGUAGCCCGCACAUGGAGCAGGGAGCGGAUUGCCAGACCGGAAGAUUAUUUAUUUUUUCUGUAUUUCCAGACAUCAAGAGACACUUUUAGUAAAGAAAAUAAGAUGUUAUCUUAUAACCGAAAUAUUUAUAUAAUAAAAUGACUGUAGAGGACGUGGAUUGUGCAUCUGCCAGUGUGUGGAGCACUGCCAUCCUGUCCCUAAAGGGGGGGGGGGGGUCAGAGGUCCAGGAAAGUCUGGAUAACGCAAAAGACACUUUCUCCCGCUGCUGUGAUAUUUAUGUGACUGUUAAGGCAAUAAGACACCGGCGGCCGAACCUCUGGUGCACGACUGUGCCGCUCGCAGACUGAACAGAAUAAGGAUCGGAGCGCCGCGUGUGAAUGUGCAGAUCUGCGCAGCCUUGCAGAGCAGUUGUCGACUCUUACCACUAUAACUAAUGUAGCAACCAAGAACAAGACCGCCCAGGGUUCGGCGGCUCCCCCAAAAACAUUUUAGCAACUUGCAAUAUAGUUGUUUUUUGUAGUUUUUUUUUUUAAUUCUAUUUAAAGAUCUUGUCUGCUUUACCGACAACCUUUUAUUUUUAUUACAGAAUUUUGUUGCCGCGUAAUAUUUCCGGCUUCUCAACAUUUUAUUUAGUUUUUUUUUAAGGUUUUCAGCGCUGGUAUAUUUUUGGGCGUUACCUUGCAGGACUUCGUAUGGGGGGGGGCGUAACGUAGAGGAGGACUGACAUAUGUAUUAUCAAGGGAUAGUGUUACAAUCAGCUCAUGUGCCAUAAUGCCUGGGUGGUGCUUUGUGCGCGACGUACAGUUCUGUCGCGGUUUUUGGAAAAGAUGAGAGGGGUUUUUUUAUUGUGAUUUUUGCACUAUUGAGGGGGGGGGGGGUUGUUUUCUGAAUUGAGACAGGUUUUUGCGGAGACCCCCGAGGAUAAUUAGAACAAUACACUGGGGCGGGGGAGGGGGGUCAGUUCUAUCCUAGCUCCUCCCCAAUCACAACCUUGUAUUAUAUAGUAUACUGAAUACCGGUGCGAGGGUAGGGUACGCUGUUACAUUUAACCUGCAUUGUACAGAUGUAAGAAGCUCACUUAGAAGCUCGCAGGCUUGUAGUGUGACCUCUCGUCCCGAGACUGUGACUGUGUACACCGUACCUGCCAGUGUGUGAGAUAUGACUGUAUUAUGUGUUACAAUAUGUGAGAAUACCCUGUAGAUCUGUAACCGUAUGUGCCAUUGUUACAGAGCAGAUAAGUCCAGCCAUCAAUAAAGGCUCUUUAAAACAGCGA